AUGAUCCAAGGCGUCGAUAUCGCAGCAAAGACCGAUCCCUAUACCCUUCCCGAUCAGCCCUCCGAACCUCUGCGUGAGCCUACUGGUGAACACGAGAAAUGGCUCAUCGAUUACAAGGGUGGGAGGAAGUCGAUGCAUAACAAGAAGUUCAUCACCGCCGCCGACAAUGCCAUCAAGAGGGCAGAGCUAGCACGUCCGGAUGAAGCGGCCGAAUGGACGAAGCUCGACGCGGAUACGCGGAAGAGCAAAUUGAACCGCUUCCUUGCUACAAUCAUUGACAAGUACGGGAAGCAGACGGACCCCGAACGCGCCAAGAAGGCUGCAGCACACAAUGUAUCGAAUAGGCGUGGGCAGCGCCAAUACCGAAUAGCCGACGAGAUGCAGGACGAGGUGGCACGCCUCCUUGAGAAGAUCACGUUCGAAAGCGAAGACAAGGCGAAGCAGUUUGAAUCUGGGGUCGUACAGCUGAUUCAAGGUGAAUGGGCGCCGGAGGUUGCAUCUGACGAGGGUGAAGUUGAGCUGAGUAUGUGGAAUGACCGCAUGAGUACGUACAUAUCGGCGUCACCAGUCAAAUCGGGUUGGGAGUUGCGUGCACGAAUCUGGCAAGCACCCAAGAUGCGCAAGCUGUACUUAGCAUUGCUCAAGAUCAUCGUGCAGAAGCGAGCGAGCGCGAAUACGAACAAGGUCUUCCCAGGCUUCUUCGCUAACGCUCUAUCAGCAGCCCCCUCUCAAGCGGGAGAGGCCGGUCAACUUCCGUGGCGUGAAUGCAUCAGUACUGCAUGGCUUCAGUCGCAGAACGUAUACCAGGAGACAGACUUUCCGCCCGCGCCACCGGCCGUCUUGGAUGCUCUCAACCUCGAGCUCCCGGACAGUCUAUUCACCGAAGCAGACAAUGAGUGGCUUCGGGAGUGCGAAGAACUCUCGACGUCUGGUAGCGGCGGCAAUGGCGAAAGGAGUCACUCACAAACACCGGGUGGUAGUGGCAGCAGCACGGGUGCUUGA